UCCCCGCACCCCCACGCGCGCGAUCCAGGCGGAGGUGCCCCGACCCGGGUUGCAAGGACGGCACGCUCCAGCCGGAGGCGUGCCGGGACGUGAUCCCAACGCCGCUGUUCCAGCGGUGGGGCGCCGCGCUCUGCGACAUGGCGCUCGAGGGGCUCAAGUUCUACUGCCCCUUCAACGACUGCUCGACGCUGCUGGUCGACAACCACCAGGACGGGGACGCGGUGAUAAGGGACGUGGAGUGCCCCCACUGCUCCCGCAUGUUCUGCGCCCAGUUCAAGGUGCCGUGGCACGACGGCGUCGACUGCACCGAGUUCCAGCGGCUCGGCAAGGACGAGCGUGGGCGGGAGGACCUGCUGCUGAGGAAGGUCGCGCAGGAGAGCAAGUGGCGGAGAUGCGCCAAGUGCAAGAUGUACGUCGAGAGGGUGGAAGGCUGUGUGUACAUUGUCUGCAGGUGCGGCCACCACUUCUGCUACCUCUGCGGCUCUGCGAUGGCGAAGGGCAACCAUCGUUGCAGCAAAUGCAAGCGUACGUGGUGAUUGGUGAAUGGUCUGCAGAUGCCCGGCGCUACUUCAGGGAAGCAAGUUCAUCAUGUCAGUACUAUUGGGUUAAAAACUGGACAAUGCUCUACUAGGGUAUUACUACUGAUUCAGUUAGCAUUGAUUAGCUCGUGCAGCUCUGAUGCCAUUACUAAUUUUAGUUGACAUCAGAAGUGGCAACUAUAUGAGCUCCAUUAGUAAACAUCACUAGAGUGUUGCCCUGGGGAUUAUUCCUGAUAAAGGAGCUGGCCAGUUUCUCAGUAAGGAAUUAAUAGGCUCUAUAGCUUAGAGGCCUACUGGAUGUCAUGCAAACACUGUGCAUGUGGGCGACGGAAACUUUUUACUAUUAUUAAUCUCUGCUACUUAACUUCUUAACCCGUCUACAUGCUAGUACUUAACUUCUUUUUUUGCGAGAACACACUAUUUGUGACCGGUAUUGAGAGAUUUUGGUGGUUUCUUUGAGUACAUUUAACUUGGAGUUCUCCAGUACUCCUAGAUUUGCUACUCAAACAAAUUUUGAGUACUUGCACUGGAAUGGAGUGAAAUACUCCUGGUACUUGCAUAGGUUUAAAAAUGAUAGGCUCUUAUGAAAUGGUGUGAAAUUUUGAUUCUGUUUGGGUUUGUACCUUUUGCCUACCACACCUAUGCAUAUCAUUUGUUUUAUCUGUAUUGCUUACAAGAUGAUGAUAAGAUUUAUCAUAUGUGCAAUUUCAGAUCUGAGUCGCAACUCAUUUAGUGGUAUGCUCACAUCCGUUGAGUGCUUGGAGCAAGGAGAAAGCUCGAAAUGCGAAUCAUAAGUCGAAAUCGUGUGCCUAUAAAAUCCUUAUGUGUCUUUGAAUUGUUUUUUAGUAGUCAUCUUUGUUACUCUUUCUGUUCAGAGAAAAAAAUAGAUGAUGCCUACAGCAGGUCGCUUUGUCAUUAGCACCUCUCCUUUGCUUGGUAGCUCCAGUCCAAUUUUUCUGCACCCUGAUAUCUGUUUCGAUGUUGUCUGUUAUCGGCAUUUUUAUUUGUAGAAACCUGGUUGAUGUAAGAAGUUACAAGUAGUCCAGUACUUAUAUUUAUGUAUGUCCGUACAUGUGAACUCAUCCCUUCUAUAUACAUAUGUUUCAAAAUCA